CUUACAGGCAAUGCCGCGGGCACCUCAGCAGCUCGGAAUACUGGCCUUCCGGGAUCACGUGGUCCAUUGCCGUCUAGGACCUCGGCGCGCUGUUUCCUUCCGCCAUUAGAUCAAGAUGAGUGGCUUCAACUUUGGGACAAGUUCUUCCUCUGGAGGCUUCUCAUUUGGCACUCCCAAGACUACUACAUCAACAGGAGCCACUUCCUUUUCAAUUGGUGGUGGUCCUGCUCCAUCUACAGGAUUUAGUUUUGCCACAAUGGCACAAGCUCCUGUGACUACAGCAGCUCCGUCAAACCAGACUGGUGCACUUUUUUCUUUCUCAACGCCAGCUGCUUCAGCUGCACCUACUUCUGGGUUUUCUUUUGGUGCACAGUCAGCAUCUACCACAUCCGCAGGAGGUUUAGUGUUGGGUAAUGCUGUACCCAAAUUGGGUCUCGGAGGAGUGACACAGCCAUCUUCUGGGAGCAGCAUCAGUGGAACCCCUCAGAAUUCUGGUUUCACUUUCGGUACUGCAGUCACUCAACCCCUCUCAGCACCUUCAACUACUAGCGGUGGCUUCAGUUUUGCUGGUGCUGUGACAACAACUAUCCCCUCUACUAUAGCAACAGUAACCGCUACCACUCAGGCAACAAGCAAUGCAGUUCAAACGCCAGCUUUUUGUAUGGUAACUCCCCUCACUUCAAAUAUUGCAACUGCUGCCACUGCAUCAGCACAGCCUGCCCUAGUCCAGAGUUCAAACUUAUUUGGAAAGCCAUCUGAAUCUACACAAGGAUCAACAACGUCAUCUACAACCAGCACUCUGGGACUUUGCUCCAGUCUUGCUACAUCUGCAGCUCCUCUUUUCUCAAUUACAACCACAUCUUCAGCUUCAGCUGCCUUGACUAGUAAGCCACAGAUGCAGACUCCUGGAGCAGUGCAUAGUAUUACUUCUGGAUCAACACCUGUAAGUAGUACUCCUGCUGUUAUGACGUAUGCUCAACUGGAGAACCUUAUCAACAAAUGGAGUUUGGAGCUUGAGGAUCAAGAAAAACAUUUUUUACAGCAAGCUACCCAAGUCAAUGCCUGGGACAGGACACUGAUUACUAAUGGUGAAAGGAUCACCUCAUUACAUAGAGAGAUGGAGAAGGUAAAAUUGGAUCAAAAGAGGUUGGAUCAAGAAUUGGACUUUAUACUUUCUCAGCAGAAAGAGUUAGAGGACCUUUUAACACCAUUGGAAGACUCGGUCAAGGAACAGAGUGGAACAAUCUAUCUACAACAUGCAGAUGAGGAGAGAGAAAAAACAUACAAGCUGGCAGAGAACAUUGACGCCCAACUGAAGCGUAUGGCCCAGGACUUAAAGGACGUUAUAGAACAUCUGAACACAACUGCAGGUCCUGGAGAUGCCAGUAAUCCACUGCAGCAGAUCUGUAAAAUCUUGAAUGCUCAUGUGGAUUCAUUGCAGUGGAUCGACCAGAAUUCAGCUCUUCUUCAAAGAAAAGUGGAGCAAGUAGCAAAGGAAUGCGAGAGUCGGCGGAAGGAACAAGAAAGAGGAUUCUCUAUUACAUUUGACUAACCUAAAUGAUGCACACUUUAGUAGUGUGUUUGGUUACAUUUUCUUCUGUGUUUAAAUAGUGUUAUUUCCUUAAUGCUAAUUGUGCGAUUUGUUUUCCCUAU